GUGUACAGUAUGGGACCAGUGAAAUUAAAGAAGAAGGCAUAGUUUUGCGCUCCGUUUGUUUUGUUAGAGCGAUGCCAGGUCUCAGCACGACUGUUGUUGUUACAAGAAAUUACGCAGAAUUCACUGUCAGACUUCAGCCCAAUAGUACACAUUGUUCUGUUUUUAUUAACAACAAUGGAGGGACUGGGAGCUUUGCCGAUCUUAAAGGUAGAGGAAAUCAAGGACGAGGAGGACUGUGAUAGUGCACGCGUGGGACCCGUCAAUGAUAGCGAGGGGGGAGUUGUGUUUUCUGCGUUUUCUUCGGAUUGCAAAGGUGAAACAGACUCAACAGCUCAGUCAGCAACACCAUUUGCCGUCAAGAACGAGGACCUACUGAUUAUAAAAGUUGACGAGUGUAAAGAAGAAGAGAAAUGUGAAUCGCCAAUCCAGUCAGCUUCACCCGUGCUCAUCAAAAAUGAGGUGGAAGAGACACCACUGCAGACUAACGUGAAAACUGAAGACUUCUGCCUGGAUGAGUGUGCCGAUAACCCACUGAAGAGUGAGGAUGUAGACCCAACAAAGCAGGAAAUGACCUCCUUAUAUGCCGACAUAAAAGAUGUACUGUUGCAGGAACAAGAUGGAGAAUCAGACAUGACUCCCGUCCUGAACUCCUCUGAGAUGAACCAUCCUCCUCCAGGUCUCGCGUCUAAGUUCCAGCUGAAGAGACUGUCAGUACAACUGGUCAACUGCCGUCCAAAACGAGGUCAGGAAGGAACAAAUGGAAAGAGCACCGAAGAUGGAGAAAGCCCUCCAGAACUCUAUUUGUGCAGGCUGAGAAAGUUAAUAGUGCGACUGCUCGACUUCUGUCCAAAGCUAGGUCAGGAGGAGCGAAUAAAUGCAAAGUUCAAAUGCAAAUGCGGAGAAGAUGGAAAAAGCGCUCAAUAUGGUGAACUUGCGCACCUAACAGAGCUGAUGGCCUUCUCAUAUGCAGACAUCACACGCAAUGGCUGGCAGGGAGACGGGGUUUCUGGGUUUUCUGAAUCUUCUUCGGAUUCAGAUUCGGAAGACUCAACAAGUCUGUCAGAAUCGUCAUUUGUCGUCUCCAAUGAAGGCUUGAUGGUUUCAGAAGUAUCAACAGAAAAGACUUCUGAAUCGUUAAUCCAUUCAGCUUCACUAAUCACUAAUGAGGUUGAAGAGACACCACUGGAGAGUGUAGUGAUGAAUAAAAAAAACGAUGAUGAAAAAACUGGCAAAAAAGGGCAUCUGCAGAGUGAAGUUGCGGACCUAACAGAGCAGACGGCCUCCUCAUAUGCAGACGACACAUACAAUGGCUGGCAGGGAGAAGGGUUUUCUGAAUCUUCUUCGGAUUCGGAUUUUGAUUCUGAUUCUGAUUCUGAUUCGGAAGGCUCAACAACUCUGACAGCAUCGUCAUUUGGCGUCUCCAAUGAAGACCUGACGGUUUCCUCUACGUUCAUCUCCGAGGAGUUCAGGACGGGAGCCAUGUCUGAUUCUCCAUCUUCUUCGGAUUCGGAAGACUCAACAAGUCUGUCAGAAUCGUCAUGUGGCAUCUCCAAUGAAGACCUGAUGGUUUCAGAAGUGUCAACAGAAAAGAUAGUUGAAUCGUUAAUCCAUUCAGCUUCACUAAUCACUAGUGAGGUUGAGGAGACACCACUGGAGAGUGUAGUGAUGAAUAAAGAAAACGAUGAUGAAAACACUGAAGGGCAUCUGCUGGAAGAAAGCGGCGAUAGUCCACUGCAGAGUGCAGCUCAGGACCCAACACAGCAGACGGCCUCCUCAUAUGCAGUUCAGGACCCAACACAGCAGACGGCCUCCUCAUAUGCAGACAUCACAGCUGUAGGACAGCAGGAGCAAGAUGGAGAAUCAGACACGGCUCCCGUCCUGAGCUCUUCUGAGAUGAACGUACACGAAAUCGAAGAGGCGUUGGACUGCGGCCCGGCAGGACCCUUCAAUAAUGACUGGCAGGGAGACGUCGUGUAUUAUGCAAUUAUUUCGGAUGGCGACGUUGGAGAAGACUCAGCAAGUCUGUCAGCAUCGUCGUUUAUCGUCCUCAAUGAAGACUUGAUGAUGGUUUCAGAGGUCGGAGCGUCAACAGACUCGCUAAUCCAUUCAGCCUCACUAAUCACUAAUGAGGUUGAAGAGACACCACUGGAGAGUGUAGUGAUGAAUAAAGAAAACGAUGAUGAAAACGCUGAAGGGCAUCAUCUACUGGAAGAAAGCGGCGAUAGUCCACUGCAGAGUGCAGUUCAGGAACCAACACAGCAGACGACCUCCUCAUAUGCAGUUCAGGACCCAACACAGCAGACGGCCUCCUCGUAUUCAGUUCAGGACCCAACACAGCAGACGACCUCCUCAUAUGCAGUUCUGGACCCAACACAGCAGACGACCUCCUCAUAUGCAGUUCUGGACCCAACACAGCAAUUGGCCUCCUUGUAUGCAGUUCAGGACCCAACACAGCAGACGACCUCCUCAUAUGCAGUUCAGGACCCAACACAGCAAUUGGCCUCCUCGUAUGCAGUUCAGGACCCAACACAGCAGACGACCUCCUCAUAUGCAGUUCAGGACCCAACACAGCAAUUGGCCUCCUCGUAUGCAGUUCAGGACCCAACACAGCAGACGGCCUCCUCGUAUGCAGACAUCACAGCUGAACGACAGCAGGAACAAGAUGGAGAAUCAGACAUGGCUCCCGUCCUGAACUCCUCUGAGAUGAACGUAGACGUAGGUCCAGGUGCAGUUCAGGACCCAACACAGCAGACGGCCUCCUCGUAUGCAGUUCAGGACCCAACACAGCAGACGGCCUCCUCAUAUGCAGUUCAGGACCCAACACAGCAGACGGCCUCCUCGUAUGCAGACAUCACAGCUGAACGACAGCAGGAACAAGAUGGAGAAUCAGACAUGGCUCCCGUCCUGAACUCCUCUGAGAUGAACCAUCCUCCUCCAGAUCUCGCGUCUAAGUUCCCGCUGAAGAGACUGUCAGUACAACUGGUCUAG